AUGGCCUUACUUGUGGAUCUUGUCAAGGGAUUGAAUACUGCGUUUGCCAGUGGCGAUAAUAAAAGCUGCCAAAAGCUUCUGACGCCCAUAAAGAUUGAACUCAUUAAAUCCAAUCUGCUGGUACCAGAUUUGGCCAGAGCCCAAUUUAAUGAGGGAUAUUUGAACGAUCUAGAAACUGCAAGAAAAAUAUUGGAGAUUGGUGCUCUUUGCAGCGUUAGAAAUCGGGAUUUUGAAUCAUUUCAGAACUUCUUCUCGCAACUAAGGGUUUACUAUUUCAGUAGCAUUGAAAGACUGGAGAAUUCCGAAAACAAAUCCAAAUUGAUUAGUCUCUAUCUGCUCAUUUUACUGUCACAGGGCGACGUGACUAGAUUUCACUCUGAACUGGAGUUCUUGGGCAAGAGACUGGGCAAUAUUGAGGAAGACGUGUUUUUGUCAUACCCUAUAAAGGUUGAAAAAUGGUUGAUGGAAGGCUCAUACCAGAGAGCUUGGGACUUGUUGAAAAACGAGUCUAAAGUCGACGAGUUCAACAUCUUCACACAAACUUUGAUGGACGCCAUCAGAGAGGAAAUAGGUCGCAACACAGAACUGGCAUACAAACGACUACCUCUCUUCAAUGUUAAGGCCCUUUUGUUUUUCAACAGUGAAAAAGAUACGGAACAAUUUGCCUUGAGCAGAGGCUGGAAGGUCGUCUCUGGCAGCGUAAUUUUCGAUGAGGAGGAGACUUUGGAAGAUCAGCAUCGAACCACAAUAGUGGAGAAGACUCUGGAUUAUGCGAUUAAUCUAGAAAGCAUUGUGUAG